CGUUCGGAUUGAUUGCGUUUACAUUGUGCCGCAAAAAUUUUGUCCACUUUGCCCUCCCGUUUACACUGUGCCGGAUAACUUCAGUCACAUGACCUAAAUCAUGCACAGAAUGCCCAAAAUGAAGUCUUCUCUGGGCAACAAAAUAAAAACAAAAUUCCCGCCAACGUAAAAAAACUUCAUUCUCUCUUCAGAAUCAUCUGCUUUUCUUUUAGACCAAAUCCAAAGAUGUUGUCAAUACAAAUUAGGCCUAGUGUGUUUUAAUUGUUUGUUCAUGAAACAAAAUGACACUGAGCUAGCAAAGAAAGUAGGGAAAGCUGAAAAAGAUGCCAAUUUUACGUGGACUGGCAAGAUACUGCACUUUGAACACGAGUAUUUAUCGACAACAAGGCAGCCAAGAUGGCGAAAGGUCUUGAUGGGGAGACAGUGAAAACUAAAUUAGAUGAAAUAGCCAAUCGCUUUGGAGCAAGAUACGAUGUGGAUAAAAUUUAUCCGGAUAAAAGCGUUUACACUGUACCACAUAGCUAUCCGAACUAACUUAAUCCACUUUCUUAGGUGAACUAAUUUUGUUCGGAUAGCCGCUCUCAAAUUUGUUCUAGGUUUUUUCAAUAGCUUGAGUCUACUAACUCCGAAACAGAUCUAAUAAGGGCAUUAAAACUUUUUUUUAAACCGUGUCGUUAAUGAGCUGAAGGAAUCUAAGAAAACUACUAUUAGCAUUAGCAUAUUUCAAUCUAAACCCAAAUUUCCCACUGUUAACUUCGCUAAAUUCAAAGGGCUGUGGGUUAGGUAUAUUUCCAUUAUUUUCAUGAUACUUGGGUGGUUUUUAUAUUUCUAAAUUUCUUUAUCAAUUAGUUCAUUUAUACCAAGUGUAAUUGAAAUGUGAGCCACAUCUUCUUGAUUUCCUAGAUCUUAUGUUAUGUUAAGAAAAUAAUUGUCUAAUAAUUCUGCAAUCUUGCGAUCAUCACUAAUCAAUUCUUGAUUUUCUUCCAAUGUAAUGAAGAGUGUUGUUUGUAUCUUUUCUGCAAAGACCUGUUUGAUCGCUCUUCAGAAUUAACGAUUAUCUCAUUAUGCAUUUGAUUAUAAAUGUGUAUACACUUUACACAUUUGUUCCUUUGCCGUUUAUCUGCUUUAUGCUUUCAUCAUUUUUGGUUUUAGUAAAUCGAUUUUUCUGUUUCCUACGAUGCAUUAUUGCCUUACGUAAUUCCUUCGUUAUAAAUGACCCGUUCUUUGCACGAACAUACUUUCUCUUAAUGGGUGCAUGUUUAUUCAAAGCAUUUGACUGAGAUAUCAACACUGCCGUAGUCUCUACAGUUUAGUAUCCGAUGAUUCAAAAUUUCAGAUCUAAGGCUGGGUAUAUCGAAUUUUGGGUAGUCUCUAUAUGUAAGUAUUUUGGGACCUCUCUUGAUGAAAUCACCUUCAGACAGUCCUGUUUCAACAUUAGUCGUGUUUUGAAAGUGACUUUUACAGUUUGUCAUUGGUAAAUUUAUACAUCGUGGGUUGUCUGACUUGUGACAGGUUGGAUUCUUGAUCAAGUUAACUAAUAUGUUCACUGUGCUCCCGUCGAUGCUACACUGUGCUCCUUUCGAAAUCAUCUUACGGUACUUCAAGCCCUCUCGUUGUGCGCAAUACUCCGUAUUAAACCUUUUAGUAUUAAAUUGAAUGCAUAUCGAUAUAAAAAUCAAAUAUAUGUUCAUUGAAAUUAGGUGAUAAAGAUUAUUGAAUAUUGCUACACAUUGGCAGGCAUAACUGAGUCAAACGACUCUAAGAAAUAUGAGAAGUAGAUAAGUUGGUCUGAAGAGUCGGGAAACGUGCCAAACUACGUCACAGUCGAGAGGAAAUUGUGUUAUGCGAAACAAUGACUUUGAUAAAUUUAAUAUGACUAUAGACGGUCGAAAUUAAAAAUACUUUUUGAGGUUUUGGCCUUUCUCCAUGAUCCAAGUUCUUUUUUUAGCCGGCCAGUCUUAAGCAGGUUGCGUUGCUGUCAAUGGCUCCAAAUUGCAAUCUUAUUCAGAACAGUGUUCUUUCGUUAAAACCAAAUAUGACUAUUCGACCAACGUUCUCGCUAAGGCAAUGUGUAUCGGCGUCCGCGUAGAGCGUGGUUGUUCUGCCUGCAUUUCCUCUUCUAAGUCAUCGGUUUCUGGGUUGUCUUCGUCUGAGUUCGCUUCCUCUUAACCUUCUGAAGAAGCAUCUAUCACAUUUACCACAUUGCUGUUAUUUUCAUUUGUUCUUUAUAUAGUUAGCUUUCAUUUUUUCCAAUGUUGUGUCUAAUGCACACUUUUUUUACUUACCAUAUGUCUAUGCAUGGUGCUGUGGCUUGUUUCAUUGUAGCUUUUUACUUAACUGGUCAUGAAUUAAAGAAAAUGGCCAAAACUUGCAUUUUUAUUGUCAAAACGGUGACACGUACGCUCAGAUGUUGAGGCUAGAACGUGAAUAUAAUUUGUGGUGCACCCGUUUUGAAAAAUUUGUGGUGCACCGGUUUUGAAAAGCCCGCACUAAACUUGAACACUAACUAACCCAUGAUUUAUCUAGAAGAAACGCAAAACCUUUUAAUGCCACUCUUCGUUAGAAUUUACUAGCUAAAAAUCCGAAUAAAGAUAACAAUUUUACCUUGUUUCCGACGACGAUCACUGGUUAUGUUGGCAGCAACAACGCGGAACAACGCGGACCUCGGCACAAAUUCCCAAAUAUGAUUGGAACCAUGACAAUGACAGGAAAGCAACCAGCUUAAAGGCUCUUGGGAGACCUGCAUGCCUAGCGGCAUCUGUCUUGAGAAACUGGUUGAGUCGCAAAGCAUGCCAGUUGCGCAAGAGCCUUUAAAGGCACUAUGUUCCAUUAGUCAACCGUUUAGAGUUAAUAGGCUUUGCAGCGCGUUUAUAAUCGAUGAACAGUGAGAAUUAGCCUCUAGUUGCCGAAUGGAUACGUAACAAUAGGUUAUUGUGCAGCCCAUCCAAAGGAAAAUUUAAAUGUCCAGCGAAAUGCGUCGAGACAUAUAGUCUUUCAGACUGUUCGGCUAGAAACAGAACUUAACUUUGAUCAUUGAGCGAAAAACCAUAUCGAAUUUUCGGCAGCCUUUCCACUAGCCCGGGUUAAAACACAGGUACUCGCACUCGGUAUGAGAGGAAUCUCGGGAGCAUCGUUCACAUCCUUCUUAAGAAAUAGAAAAAAUUCUGCUCAGUUAAUGGACGACAGUCGGGGGCUAGAUUGGUAACAUGUGGUAUACCUCAAGGAUCAUGCUUGGGACCACUCCUGUUUAUCAUCUACCUAAAUGACUUUGAAAAGUGCUUAGAAUUCUCUAAGGCUAGCAUGUAUUCACAAUCCCAGCUCGACCAUGUGUACUGUGCACUUAUCGAAAGCCAUCUGAGAUACGCUAAUGUUAUUUGGGGAAGUCUUCCUAAAUCAAAAAUUAAAUACACUCUGACGUCUGCAGGACAGAGCACGCUCGAUUAUUGAUAAGGCCAGACUAAAAGACAACUGGUCCCAUAACUGGCUGACCAUUGAGCAACUCACAAAGUUCGAACGAUCAGUUAUGACAUCCAAAAUAAUCAGCAGACAAUGUCCCGAAAGCCUUUUGGAUAAAUAUCGUCAUAGGACCCAGCACUCCAACUACAGAACGAGGAAUUGCAGGGACCUACAAAUCCCAAGAAAUAACCUUGAAUACGUCAAGAGAGGCUUUCACUAUUCGGCUCUGAAAGCCUGGAACGAUAUUCCCAUCAAUAUCAAAGAGCUCUCUACACUUAGUAAAUUCAAAAAGCAAUUGAAAAGUUAUUAUACGAGCUGAACGCAACAUAAAACACGACUCCCUGGAAGAACAGCUACUAAAAGAUAGAUUACUGUGCAUAAUUUAACUGUAUAUAAAUUAUAUUAAUGUAACUAGCAUAUUUAUUUUCUUAUUUGGUAUUUAGUUGUAAGCUGAAGGGAUUUUUAUGUAUAAAGAAUAUAAAAUGAAAAAUGAAAUAACCCGGCUUAGUGGGAACGAUAAAAAACGGAUUAAAAACGGGUCGAAGAACUCACUUUAAAAACGGAUAACUUUUAACCCGGUUUUGUUUUAACCCAGGCUAGUGGAAAGGUUGCCUCAAGCUUUUCAUUUCGCCUAUGUUGGAAUCUUUUUUUUCGCGUUACUCAAAGUCUUUUCCAUUACUACGCGGUUUGCCACUUUUUGCGCCUGUAUAAACGAACGUACCAAUUCAGCUCAUUUCAUACAUUUGUUUGGUUGAAAAUAAAAAAACUCAUUCUGUUUAAUCUAGAGACCAUAUCCUGUGCCAAAUCCCCUACCGUGCGCAAUCGCGUGCGCAAUCGCGUGCACAAUUGCGUGCGCAACACGAAAUUUGAUCCAGUUCACGGGUGAUUUUCCGGAGUGGGUUUUUGGCUUUGAGCCUUGUUGGAUGACUGAUCCGCGACGGACCGGGACGGAUCAAAAAAAAGUUGCCAUCGUUUCACCUUUUUUAACCGUUCCGGUACAGUAGUUUUCUUUUGACCGGAAUUGAGUUAGAGCUCUUUGAACGCUAGAGCACUUGCGUCAUAACGCAAGGAUCCUGUGGAGAUAAAUAUGUACUCAUUCCAAUCUGAAACGUUCCGCGGAUUGAACGGAACGGAUCAGACCAAUAGGAUCUGAUCCGAUCCGGGGAUCAUUUCCCGGAGUAGGUUUUUGGCUUUGCAUAGAAUUUCAUGUGAGUGACAGCUUGCGGAGACGUACAUAAAGAAGCCUGUUUCGUUUUGCAAUCAGUCCUUUUGGUGAAAGUGAAGAUGGCUGUGCUAAAUAACACAGAAUCGACUGCACUCCUUGCUUCGCAAAAAUCUGAGCAUUUGCCAGGUUCUCGGGAGUCGAUUAAUGCCAUCCAACUGAAUGUUAAAGAACUUGCAAGAAGUCUUGGCUUUUGGCAUGCAUUUGCCUACGUGGUAGGAAUCUUGUUUGGCUCUGGUAUUUACAUCUCGCCAAGUCUUGUAGCAAGAGAAACUAACAAUAUGGCUAUAGCAUUGGUAGUUUGGAUAGUCUCUGGAAUAAUACCCAUCUUGGGUGCAUUGAGCCUUUGCGAACUGGCUUGUGCAAUUGGCAAAGCAGGAGGUGAAUACAUUUUUAACAAAGAAGCCUUCGGAGAUAUUGCUGCAUUCGUGACUUUGUGGGCGAAGGUUGUUGUUGGUUUUCCCGCUGCCAUAGCUGUGUUGGGAAUGGCGAUCAGUGAGUACAUUUUAAGCCCGUUUAUUGACAUAACUGCCUUGAAUGGAGUUUGGAUAACCAAAGCUGUUUCUGUGCUUUUCAUUGCAGUGUCUGCCAUCAUAAAUUCUUUGAGCGCCUCGUUUGUUGGCAAAACCCAAGUCUUUUUCACGGCCAUUCAGUCACUAUCAGUGCUAUUUUUCGUGUCUCUGGGAAUAUGGAAAGCUUCUACAGGACACACUCAAAAUUAUGUUACUAUUUUUGACAAUUCCAGCAAAUUUGAACUCGGUAGUUUUGGUAUAGCCAUUUACAAUGGACUUUGGGCAUAUGAUGGAUGGGGCUAUAUUUGCACAAUCACAGAGGAAUUGAAAAACCCAAAAAGGGACAUCCGAUUAGCAAUUCUUUUUGGAGUCGGAUUUGUUAUUCUAUGUUACCUUUUGAUUAACUUAACGUUGUUGACAGUCAGUGUUUACGCUGUUUGUGACAAAGAUUCUCGGCAAAAAUGUCGCAUUUUUGUGCCCUUUGCUGCUGCUUUUUCCUGCUUCAGUGCUCUGAAUGGAAUAAAUUUUGUUUCCUCUCGACUUGUUCUCUCUGCCUCUCGCGAAGGACAUUUACCUGAACCAUUGUCGUACAUUCAUAUGGACAGAAGAACGCCCAUACCAGCUGUCUUAUUUCAAUCUACAUUGUCAACGAUUUGGAUCCUCGUUCUUGGAGGUGGCACACAAAGUCUUGUUAUUUACUAUUCAUUUGCAAUUUGGUUUACAUAUGGCUUAGCGAUAUUCGGUGUUAUUGUUUUACGGGUGCGCCAACCAGAUCUACCGAGACCCUUCAAGGUAUGGAUUAUCAACCCGAUAUUCAUGACAUUAGUUUCUCUAUUACUUUUAGUUUUUCCAUUUUUAAAACGACCAGUUGAGUGCAGUUUAAGCCUGGUUUUUGUUUUUGUAGCAGUUCCGAUAUACUUUCUAGUUGUGCAGGAACGAAACUGCACUCCAGACUGGCUGCGCAGUUGGAAAGACAAACUAUACUUAUGUAUCCUUUUGCGCUGUAACCUCGUGAAGUGUGUUUUUGUUGCCAGCAAGACUACCGUAAAGAAUUGUCAAGUAGAUUCUACAAGUCUUUAGUUGAAAUAAUCAAUCAGCAUUGGUUAGGAAGGAAUUUUUGUGCUGGUGCGAGGUUUCGACCGGUAAGAAGGAAUAAAGUGAGCAUUACUAUUAGUCACGCUUUAAUUUAAAAUGAUGUACCAUAAAUUCUCUUUUGAAUCCCCCUACUUAUUAAGUCCCUCUCUUUUAUUAGCCGCCCCUUUUCAGAAGGAAAAGUUCAACAAGCCCCCUUCCUCACAAAUAUGAUUUAAUGAGAUCAAAAUAAGGAAUAAAGUCCCUACAAUUUGACUGAAUCUGUGUCUCAUUUUUUUAUCAGUUAGUUUUUAUUUUUAAUCAAAUUUUAGUGUUUAACUCUUCUUCUAUUUGAACCAGAUGAUCAAGCCUCCAAUUCAAGUUAGGGGUCUGGAGCACAGGCUAGCCUCCAAAUGAUAACACAUUUAAAGUAGUCGAUAAGUUGAAUCAAUUCAGUGAACAAGGACAACCUUUUGGUAACUUAAAUUCUAAUUUAUGUGGCAUACGAAGCAAACGAGUAAAUUCAUACCAAAGGUUUUUGAACUGCUAGCAAUGCAACCACCGGAUAGUAACAUUAAUCUAAAUGACAAAAAGAUAAACAACAACUUAACCGGGUGUCUUAGAAGGAACACAUUCCCCAUCCACAUUAAUGUUGUUAAUCCAGGCAAAGCUAUUAGUCUAUCUUAGAGACCAAUAGCUUAGUUCUUUAGAAGCUUUAGAUAAAAAUUUCUCACUUCUUCACAUGAAUAUCCUUAGCCUUCCCCUCCAUCAUCAUGAACUUCUUGGUCUCUUAUCUAACAUAGACAUUGAUUUCAAGUUAAUUGGUCUAUCCGAAAUUAAACUCCCUACAGAUAAACCAAUACGUCUCAACACUGGAUACAAAUUCCAUCAUACUAGUUCUAAUAAUGCCUCUGGUGGUGUGGGAAUCUAUGUUAAAUCUAAUUUGACUGUUAAUAAAAGGGAUGAUCUCACAUAUUGUGAUAAUGAAUUUAAGAAAAUUUGGAUUGAAAUUGAUAAUCCUAAAGCUAAAAAUAUUUUAUCUUGCUGUGCAUAUCGUCACCCAAGAACUACAGCAAGAUUUAGUGAUCAUCUGCAGGAGAGGUUAUUUUAAAUUGAAAAUGAAAAUAAGUUCACCUUUAUAAUGGGAGAUUUUAAUAUAAAUCUGUUAGAGCAUGCAAAUCAUACCCCCAGCAAACGAUUUCAUUAACAUGAUGUUCUCACAACACCUACAGCCGUCGGUUUUUCUUCCUACCCGCAUUACAGAAAGUAACACUUAUUGACAACAUAUUUGAAAUAAUGUUGAUAGGUUAUCUCAACAGCUUUAGUCUACUAACUCCGAAACAGAUCUAAUAAGGGCAUUUAAACUUUUUGGAAACCGUGUCGUUAAUGAGCUGAAGGAAUCUAAGAAAAACUACUAUUAUCAUUAUUUUGAUGAAAACAAAAGUAAUAUGAAAAUGCUUUGGAAAGGUAUAAAGAAUAUUGUCAGCUUAAAAUCAAACAAUCUAGACACAAAUGGCUUUGAAAAAUGCAAACAUUUAGUAUAUACAAUACCUGGGCCUAUUUCGAUCCACAACUGGGUAUAUAUAUUUCCUAGCGUAGAGUUUUCGAUCUAUGUUCUGAUGUCUAAACUCUGAAGAGUGUCAGACGAAAAGCUUUAGUUUACUAAAUUUUUGCUUUUUUUUCAAAGCCAUUUUCAAGUUUUGUACCACCAAAUAAUUGUUUGCAUAAAUCUAGACACAAUUUCAUACCUAACAGAUAAAAACGGCUCCCAAAUUAAGGAUCAAGUUAAAAUAGCUAAUCAAUUUAAUCAUUACUUUACGAGUGUUGCUAAUGACAUCACACAGAAGAUCCUAAGAAACCCAAGGUCUUCAUUGUCUUACCUAACCAAUCCCAAUCAGGAUUCCUUCUACAUUUUCCCUUCUACCUCCAAUGAAG